AUGGAGGUGGACCUCAGCCCGUUCUUCGCAGGUGUGCUGUGCACACUGGUCGACUCGAACGGCGCUGAGCUUGCCAUCAGUCGUGCCUUUGCAAGUGCAGCCAACGCGUGCCAUGAGGCGCACCAGCCUCAGCACUCGUGGAACCAACAGCAGCCGCAGCGCUCGCGCGUGUCGGUUGCAGUGCAGCUGCGCAUCAACUCACCGCUGCCGUCGUGGACACAGCAGGCGAAGGACGUGGUGUUGCGCUGCGUCGAUCGCGCCGUGACGCGCAUCUUUCCCCCGCUGGACGUUUUGCAGUACAUCGGUGCCGACUCCCCUGUCUUCCUCGCCUCAGAUACCAGUGCCAGCGGCGAGAGGGCGGCGUCACAUCUGUGCGUGACUUUUUCGGUUCAGCCAUCUGCCGCCCUGUGGCCCUCCCUGGUGCUCAGACAACAUGCGGUGGAGGGAGAGGUUAUGGCAGGUGUGCAGCUUGGCGAUUCAGAGGCCGGAGCCGCGGCGGCUCUGCAGGUGAUGCGCGAUACGCUAUCGGACAUGGACUUGUGGAACCGAGCUCGAGCGGCGCAUCAGCUCUACGACGCCACCAUCGCUCUCGAUGGUGUCCAGCAGCGCUCCGGCGGCAUGUCGGCCUCGGAGACGACAUCGAUAGACCCGGCGGUAGCGCUUCCGUCCCAGCAGCAAGCAUGUGAGAGAAAACACACUCAGCUGCAGUGGGAGCUUGCUCGGUGGCUGACAGAACUCUUCAUGAACGAGGGCAGCUGGGCUCGGGUGCCAGCGUCGUCAUCGACGGGUGCCCCUCGGUCUGCUCAGAAAAGCCACGCUAACGCAGCGACGCGGCGUCUCUUUCAGAGUCCUUUGCGGCCAUCGUUUGCGCACGUCGUGGACGCAGCUCUCUCUGCACCUCAUACAAGCACACAAAGCAUUGCGCCCGGAUCCGCCGUGCCACGUCGCCUCCUCCACGCAGAUGUGCGUGGCGUGGAGUGCGACGGCUUGUUGCUCGGGUACACCUCUCGGUACGCCUACAUUGCGGUGCCCUACUUCACGCCCCCGGGCGAGGCUGCAGCAGCAGGGGCGUCUUCGCCAUCGUGCGUGUGGAGCUUCAUUAGCCGUAUCCCAAUACCUGCAAUCCUUCGCAAAUCAGCCGUCAGAGAUGUGGUGGGCUCUCGUGGUGAGAAGGCCCGUGUGCCUUGCAAGCGGCCGCGUACCUCUGCGUCUCAUCACCCGAAUAGCGUGGCAUCGGAGGAGGAGAGCUCCGGCGCUGCCGCGGCACGCAGCGUGCUGGCCCACUGCUUGAAUGUGGAGGAGGCGAUGCGUCACGACACCAACGCAGAGGCUGUAUUUCGCCUUGCGGAUGCUCCGUGGGUGGUGACAGUUCGGGCCCACCGUGUCUACUGCGCGCGGGCUGACUACGCUAGGCAGCCGCGCACGCACCCCACAACGCCGUCUUCGGACCACUUCUCGACCAAACCCCAGCCGGCUGCAUCACCAUAUACACUGUCGUUGGUGUUGGAGGAUGCCUACGCGAUGCAGGCUCGGUCAGCUCUCAGCGACAGUGGUGCUGCUCCAACCUCGUCUGCGUCCACCACCACUCACUGGGCCACCUCUUUGCUGUGUGGGUACGACCCUCAGCAGAGUCCAGAGGACGACGGCGAAGCGGGGCACAGCGCCGCUCAGAAAAGUGUCAACGCCACCAUUGCACGCGCACCGCACACCUUCCCCGACGUGGUAAGCGUGGUACGAGAGAGCUGCCAUCGGUUUCGGCGAACGCACGAGCGGUUUCGCGCUUUGUACUCUCGGUGCGUCCAGGCGUGCGACCCGAAGACCUCCACAGCCGCCAGCGCCACAGCAAAAGCGGUGGACGUCCUAACGGACGGAGCUUCUUCAAUGACAGCGCCGCAGGUGCCUGCGACAGCGGCUGUGCCGGUACCCGAGGAAGCAGUCACCAAGGAGUCGCUCUCGCCCACUGUCGCCUCACAGAACCUACGCUUACUGCGCCAGGCAGAAGCGGUGUACGGCGCGUUGUCAGACUCGGUCUCUGUGCACUUUGGAAAGCUGCGUGGCGCUGCGCGUGUACCCGUUCCCACCGUACGCACCGCUGCCGACGUGGCUCAGCUGGAGGAGUCCCAUAACGUCGAGUUCAAGGCGAGGGUAGGGCGUGUGACGAACGGCUCCUCCACCGGUGCAGACUCGCACCCGCAGCGCCAUCCCGUGGUGAUGGAUGCGGAGCGACUUCGCAACACAAUGGCCGCCAUGGCAGCAUGUCGUGGUGGGGUCAUACUUCUCGGCGUCACGGACGACGGUCGCGUUCUCGGUCAUGCAAAGCAGCUGGAUGUUGCGCGUCAGUUGCGCACGUCGGGAUUCUGCCCGGCAAUGGUAAAGGACACGGUGCAGGUGAAGGAGCUGCGCUUGCUGAGUGCGAGCGGAGGUAUUGCCAACCCCAGUAAGGCCGUUUCUGGCGAGAGCAGUGACAAUGGAGCAUCGGCCCUAGUGAAGCGUGCCAUGCCCGAGAACUGGUGGAAGAGUGGUGCCACGCCGCCCGCUCCAGGCUUGCCGAAGACCUCAGCGACGGCGAAGGCAGGAGCCUCAGCCGGUGAUCAAGUGAUCACCGUCGUCAGCAUCCAGAAGGGCCAGGCGCCGUUCUACGCAACGUCUAAAAACGCGCCUCCGUAUCAGCGUGGAUGUGCGAGCACAACAAUGAUGCCAGCCACGGUGGUGGCACGCCGCAUCAUGAAGGAGCUCGCCUAA